CCCAGAGUGGAUUAUUUGCUUCUCAACAAAAGUGGAGUUACAUUUUAAAAUAUGUUUUUAUCCACAGCACAAUCAAAGACAAUUUUGUACCCAUUCUGGCAGAAUGAUACUAAAACUCCAAAAGUGGAUGAUGGAAGUUCAUCUGAAAUUAAGCUCUCUGUUCCUUUUGUUUUCUUUGGAGUUCCAUACAAAGCACUUUAUGUUAACAACAAUGGAGUGAUUUCAUUUAAUGUUCUCGUCAGCCAGUUUACUCCAGAAUCUUUUCCUCUAGCUGAUGGUCGUGCUUUUAUUGCUCCUUUCUGGGCUGAUAUCCACAAUGGAAUACGAGGGGAGAUUUUCUACCGUGAAACAACAGAUCCCGUAAUCCUUAAAAGGGUGUCUAAAGAAAUUAGGAAACAUUUUACAAACAUACCAUCGUUCUCGGCCACGUGGGUGUUCCUGGUCACAUGGGAUGAGGUCACGUUUUAUGGAGGAAGCAGCACCACUCCUGUGAAUACAUUUCAAGCUCUGCUGAUUUCAGAUGGGGCAUCUAGCUUUGCAAUGUUCAAUUAUGCAGAGAUCACGUGGACCACAGGGACAGCGAGUGGGGGAGACCCUCUUACUGGGCUGGGUGGUGUUAUGGCUCAGGCUGGGUUUAUUGGUGGAAAUAGCACCAAUUUUUUCAGUGUUCCUGGAUCCCGCUCACCAGAGAUUGUCAGCAUUGAAGAAACCACAAAUGUGAAUAUACCUGGACGCUGGUUAUAUAAGGUAGAUGGAAAGGAAAUUGAUCCAGCUAAUGGCUGUAGUCUGAAAGGCCAUUUUAUACGAGGAGGACAGCAAUUUUGGGAAAAUGCAAACUGCUCUACAAGAUGCCGUUGCCUCGAUUUAAAUAAUGAGAUUUCUUGUCAAGAGACAGUCUGUGGCCCAUAUGAAGUGUGUGAACCAAGGGAGAAAUAUUUCCAGUGUCUACCUGUUGAAAGCAGCACAUGUGUAGUGUUUGGAGACCCUCAUUACCACACAUUUGAUGGACUCCUUUUCCACUUUCAAGGUUCAUGUGCCUAUUUACUUGCAAGAAAUUGCCUAGCAGGAAAUCAACUUCCAUUCUUUAGUGUUGAAGCCAAAAAUGAGAAUCGUGGAGCAUCCUUGGUAUCAUGGCUAAAGGACAUUUCUGUGGAGGUGUAUUCUCAUAAUAUUGUCAUUCCCAAGGGAAGCUUUGGAAAAGUAAAGGUAAACAAUCUGAUAUUUUCACUUCCAAUAAUUUUAGAACAUGGAGCCAUUAAAAUAUACCAAAGUGGACUAUCGACUGCUGUGGAAACUGAUUUUGGACUACUAGUGAUGUAUGAUGGGGAACACUAUGCUUCUAUAUCAGUACCUGGCACAUACAUCAACUCUACCUGUGGGAUGUGUGGAAACUACAACAAGAAUCCUGAAGAUGAUACCCUCCGCUCAGAUGGAAGACCAGCUAUAUCUGUCAUAGAUCUGGGAGAUAGCUGGAGAGUAUAUCAUCCAGACUGGAAGUGUUCCUCUGGCUGUGUAGAUAACUGCAGUAUAUGUGAUUCAGCAAUGGAGUCACUUUAUUUUACCUCAGAAUACUGUGGGUUUAUUAACCUCACAGGAAGUCCACUGUGGGAAUGUGGCACCAUAGUGGAUCCCACUGCCUUUGUCCACAGCUGUGUAUAUGACCUUUGUAGUUCUCGAGACAAUGGCACUAGCCUUUGCCAGGCAAUCCAGGCCUAUGCGCUUAUUUGUCAAGCACUAGGGAUUACUGUUGGUGACUGGAGAACACAGACUGGAUGUGCCUCGGCUAUCCAGUGUUCAGAAUUCAGCCAUUACUCAGUAUGUACAAGCAGCUGUCCAGCCACUUGUUCUGACCUCACAGCGCCUCAGUACUGCAGCAGCCCAUGCUCGGAGGGAUGUGAGUGUGAUAUUGGGUAUGUGUUGAGUGCAGACUCAUGCGUUCCUGUAAGCAAAUGUGGCUGUGAGAUGGCUGGAAAAUAUUAUGUGGUUGGUGAUUCCUUCUGGACCUCUGCAGACUGCACUGUACAGUGCUGGUGUGAAAAUGGAGGGGAUAUUGUUUGCUUCAACACCAGCUGUCGAGAUGGUGAGAUCUGCUCUGUGGAAAAUGGAUAUCAAGGCUGCUACCCCAGAAGGGAAAGUGUAUGUCUUGUAAGCCAAAAUCAGGUGAUGCACACAUUUGACUCAGUGAGCUUCCCUUAUCCAGUAGAAUAUUCUUAUACUCUGUUAAAGACUUGCUCAGAAAAGACAGAGUUUAUUGAGAUUGACAUCAGCAAGAAGAAACCAGACUCAGGCCCCAACUGGCUCAGACCACUAAGAAUUCAGGUGGCCAAGCAAGAGAUACGAAUUGGCGGAGGCAGCACCUCAGAGAUUAAGGUUAAUGGAUUUCAGAUUGAACUUCCCUUUUACCUGCCCUCUGGUGAGCUGGAAAUGUACCGUAACAGAAAUGGAACAGUCAUUGAAUCUGAAGGGUUUGUUAAAAUACAGUAUUCAGACCAAGGCCUGCUUUACAUCACUCUUUCUACCUUGUACCACAAUUGUACAGGAGGAUUAUGUGGUUUCUUCAAUGGAAACAGUGAGGAUGAGUUUUGCUUGCCAAAUGGAAAGUGUACGGAUAACGUUGCUAUAUUCUUAGAGAGUUGGACAACUUUUGACGAGAUCUGCAAUGGAGAAUGUGGGGAUUUGCUGAAAGCCUGCAACAAUGAUUCUGAACUACUGAAGUAUUAUAGAAGUCGUUCCAAAUGUGGAAUUAUUAAUGAUCCAAGCAACAGCUCUUUUCUGGACUGUCAUGCUGUUGUUAAUGUAUCCGCAUAUUACAGAACUUGUCUGUUUCGUCUGUGCCAAAGUGGAGGUAACCAGACAGAGCUAUGUGACUCUGUUAGUCGUUAUGCCAUGGCGUGCCAAAAUGCUGCUGUAGAUGUUGGCCAGUGGAGGAGUACAAACUUCUGCCCCCUAAUGUGUCCUGAAAACAGCCACUUUGAGGAAUGCAUUACUUGUACGGAAACUUGUGAAACCCUUGCCUCUGGCCCAGUCUGCACUGAUAGUUGCACUGAAGGAUGCCAGUGUGAUGAAGGUUUUGCCUUGCAGGGUACGCGGUGUAUUCCUAAGAGUGAAUGUGGCUGUAAUUUUGAAGGUCAUCAGGUUUCCACAAAUGAAACUUUUUGGAUCGAUCUGGAUUGCAAAUCUCUUUGUUUUUGUAAUGGGACAGACAACAGUGUUUACUGUGAGACUAGUCCAUGCAAGGAUGAAGAAUACUGCAUGGAGGACAAUAGGCUGUAUUACUGUCAGCCCCGUACAGAUGCAUCAUGUAUUGUCUCAGGAUAUGGACAUUAUCUUACAUUUGAUGGACUCCCGUUUGAUUUUCAAAGUAGCUGUUCUCUAAUCCUUUGCACUACAGUUACUAAUUCCAAAGCGGACACUGUCCCGAGAUUUACAGUUACUGCUAAAAAUGAGGACAGAGAUUCUUCUCUUGCACUAUGGGUAAAGGAAGUGGAAGUAGAAGUUUACAGUUAUAACAUUGUAAUUUAUCGGGCAUACAAACACACUGUCCUGGUAAAUAAUGAAAGACUUUAUUUGCCUCUGAAGUUGGGUCAUGGCAAAGUGAAUAUAUUUGCAUUUGGUUUUCACAUUGUUAUUGAAACAGACUUUGGCCUAAAGGUGGUCUAUGACUGGAAGACAUUUCUGUCUGUAACAAUUCCCCGCUACAUGCAGAACAGCACAUAUGGUCUGUGUGGGAGGUACAAUGGAAAUAUAGAAGAUGACCUGCAGACCUCUAGUGGCUUCAUUAGUAUGAAUGUCAAUGAGUUUGGUCACAGCUGGGUAAAAAGGGACACAUUUUGCCAGGUUGGCUGUGGGGACAGAUGUCCAACCUGUACAAAAGUGGAUGGAUUGUGGAAAGCCCAGCAGCUUUGCGGCUUCAUUCCCAACAGGAGUGCUGUAUUUGCCAAAUGCCACAGCAAAGUGAAUCCUAGAUUUUUCUUCAAGAAUUGUCUUUUUGACUCCUGCAUUGAUGGUGGUGCUGUUCAAACUGCUUGUAGCUGGCUACAAAACUAUGCGAGUACAUGUCAGACACAAGGGAUUGCUAUCACUGGCUGGAGAAACCAUACAUCCUGCUAUCUCACAUGCCCAGCAUACAGUCAUUAUGAGAGCUGUGUUAGUGUGUGCCAACCUCGAUGUGCUGCUAUCAGGCUUAAAAGUGAUUGCAAUCAUUACUGCGUGGAGGGUUGUCAGUGUGAUCCAGGUUAUGUCUUGAACGGGAAGAGCUGUAUUCUUCCACAUAACUGUGGUUGUUAUGCUGAUGGCAAAUACUAUGAGCCCAAGCAGCUCUUCUGGAAUAGUGACUGCACCAGGCGAUGCCGCUGCUUUGGCAGGAAUCUCAUCCAGUGUGAUCCCAGGCACUGCAAGUCAGAUGAAGAAUGUGCACUAAGAAAUGGAGUGCGAGGCUGUUUCAGCAAAAAGAGCUCCUACUGUAUUGCAGCAGGAGGAGGUGUCUUCAGGACAUUUGAUGGGGCAUUUCUUCGUUUUCCAGCAAACUGUGCAUUUGUAUUAUCAACAAUUUGUCAAAAGCUGCCUGAUAUCUCAUUCCAGCUAAUCAUAAACUUUGACAAGUGGUCUUCUCCAAAUUUGACUGUUAUAUCCCCUGUAUACUUCUACAUUAAUGAAGAGCAAAUUCUCAUCAGUGAUCGUAACACUGUAAAGGUAAAUGGAACACAAGUGACAGUUCCAUUCGUAACUGGACUGUCCACAAAAAUAUACAACAUGGAGGGAUUUUUGGUUAUUGACACAAGCCCUGACAUUCAGAUUCAUUACAAUGGUUUCAACAUUAUUAAAAUUACCAUCAGUGAGCGACUUCAAAAUAAAGUCUGUGGUCUUUGUGGAAACUUUAAUGGAGAUCUAACUGAUGAUUAUGUUACUCUAAGAGGGAAACCCGUCGUUAGUAGUGUUGUGUUGGCACAAAGCUGGAAAACCAACGGGAUGCAAAAAAGCUGCAAUGAGUUGCAGUAUUCUCAGUAUGCCUCUACUUGUGACAAUGUUCAAAUCCAGAAGCUUCAGAGUGAUGGAUAUUGUCUUAAACUGACUGACAUGAAAGGCUUCUUCCAGCCAUGUUAUGGUCUGUUGGAUCCUGUGCCCUUUUAUGAAUCUUGUUUUCUUGAUGGAUGCUACAACAACAAAAAAAUCCAGCUGUGUGGUUCAUUAGCUGCCUAUGGAGAGGCAUGCCGAUCAUUUGGAAUUCUCAGCACAGAAUGGAUUGAGAAGGAAAACUGCUCAGGAGUGAUUGAAGAUCCUUGUGUGGAUGCAGGCUGUCCCAACAGGAGCUGUGAAGUAGACAACGGAGGAGAGCUUUGUGGCUGCAUGGAUCCACCAGCCUAUGGAAAUGACACUCAUGAUAUCAUUGAUGCCGAAGUAACAUGCAAAGCUGCUCAGAUGGAAGUUUCAAUAUCAAAAUGUAAGCUCUUUCAACUUGGCUUUGAGAGAGAAGGUGUUCGCAUUAACGACAGGCACUGCCCCGGUAUUGAGGGAGAAGACUUUAUAUCUUUUCAAAUAAACAAUACAAAAGGAAACUGUGGAAACAUUGUACAGUCCAAUGGCACUCACAUUAUGUACAAAAACACGGUUUGGAUAGAGAGCGCAAACAACACAGGGAAUAUAAUUACACGGGAUAGAACUAUCAAUGUGGAGUUCUCAUGUGCAUAUGAAUUAGACAUCAAAAUUUCUCUGGAUUCUGUGAUAAGACCGAUGCUUAGUGUUAUCAAUCUAACAGUUCCAACUCAAGAGGGAAGUUUCACCACCAAGAUGGCGCUUUACAAAAAUGCAUCAUAUAAGCAUCCAUAUCGUCAAGGAGAAGUAGUGCUUACCACUCGAGAUGUACUGUUUGUUGGUGUCUUUGUAGUUGGAGCUGACUCUACUCAUCUGAUUUUAAUACUGAAUAAAUGCUAUGCUACCCCAUCAAGAGACAGCAAUGACAAAUUGCGUUACUUCAUUAUUGAAGGAGGAUGUCCAAACAUAAAAGACAACACCAUUGGGAUAGAGGAGAAUGGAAUUUCUCUUACUUGUCGUUUUCAUGUCACAGUGUUUAAAUUCAUAGGAGAUUAUGAUGAAGUUCACCUCCACUGUGCUGUAUCUUUGUGUGACUCUGAAAAAUACUCAUGUAAAAUUAAUUGUCCCCAGAAUUCCAGAAUUUCUAAUGACCAUGGACAGGAUUCAAAAGAGCAAAUUAUUUCUGUUGGCCCAAUAAGGAGGAAACGUUUGGACUGGUGUGAGGAAAACGGGGGAUGUGAACAGAUCUGUACAAGCAGACUAGAUGGACCUAUAUGUAGCUGUGUUACAGGGACGUUGCAAGACGAUGGACGUAGCUGUCGAGGUAAGAGAUAUCUGGAAUUAAAUCUGUAACUAAGAAAAAAGCAGCUGGGCAGUUCAGUUAUUAAAGUAGCAUGUGUCCUAAGAGCCUGUCAAUGUGUGAAUAAAUGUAGUAAUGUAACACAAAUUUA